AUGGCCUCGCCAGAUCUCGAUCAGGAUAUCUCUCCUGUACCCCGGUCUCGGGAGGAGAAUCAGGAGAGAGCUUUUAUUGCUGCUUCGCGGCGCAAGGACCGUAGCCUGGAUGCACGGUUGGAAUCAGCUAACCGAGCGUCGAUGCUGCACAAGAAGCGCACCGGAAAGGCAUUCCACAUCACCAAGGAGAUUGUUGAGAAAGAAGCCAUGUAUGAAGAAGUUGACGAGCGCUAUCAAGAGAAGCGCAUCCGUAUGCUGCAAGCACAGAACAUGCAGAUUGAAGAGCAAUUCCAUCGCCAUCUCCUAGCUGCCUUUGCUGCCCGGGCCAACUCCACCUCCGCGGCUUCUUCUAUUGCUAGCCGUAGGGCAAGCCUGGCACCGCAUGCUUCCGUCGAGGGAAGCUCAACACGGAAGAUGAGCUUAGAUCUGUCGAAUCUGCGUUCUCCAUUCCCACAAGGCAUGGACUCCAACUCAAUGACUAGCCCCGCGACUACUGGAGAGGGAUAUUUGAUGUCACCAACGACGACGUUCGACCCGAAUGCCCAGUCAUACAUGAGCUGCAUGGACGGCUCUACCGGCUACCCAUCUCACAUGGUCACCGCGGCAUCCUCAGCGGCACAGAUCCCAGCCUACGCUGUUCAGGCACAGACCCCUGCUCCCGCCUGGAGCCAUAUGGGCUGGGCGCAUAUGCAACAGCAGGUCCCUACUCCUACCCAGACACCCACCGACUCUCAAGCCGUGCGCAUGUGGCAGCAACAGAUGAUGCAGCAAGCUCAGAUGCCCACCGAUGCUGCGGCUGCCAUUCAGAUGCGACAGUUCAGAGAACGCCUGGCCUCCGCGCCAGAAUUGCCAGUGCAGCACCUCGCACAGCACGUUGCUCCGGCCGCGUCCAUAUCCGGUCCUAGUGGCGGCCACGGUCACUCCCGCGGCCAUUCUCAGCCUAGCAACAACUUCCACAACCUCCAUCUCCUCACUCAAGGUACACAUCUGGCCCAGGUGGCUCCCUCGAACACCAGCUCGCCUAAGAUCGAGUCUUAUUCUGGAGAGACUCAGUCUACACCUGAAUUCUGCCCCACUCCCAACACCCCUCUAUCACCUACCGCUCUGGGCACUGCCCAGGGUGGGGCUGUGGUAAAGUUAGAGGGGGGUGAGGGCGGCGAUGGCGUUAUGGUUUCCCAUGAGGAGCUGGACCCUGAUUUUAAUGAGUUCAGCCAAUUUGCUCUGGGCUUGGGUAAUACUUCCCUACCAGAGCGGGAGCCCUUUGGCUUCGACGAGUUCGUUGCUCUAGAUGACUACGGUACCGUCUCCUGCUAA